UUAUAGUUUUCUGUAUUAAUAUUUUCAAUUUUGUAAUUUAAGUGUCUUAGAGUACAAAUACAAUAAUAAUUAUUAGCUUCCAUCCUAACGAAUCAGCAUAAUUUGAAAGAAGUAAUAACACUUUACAAAAUAAUAAUGUCGUCAGACUCUGAAAAGACUAAUCGUGCAAGGGAAUCUGAUUCAGUUUAUGAUGAAUUAGAAAAACUAAUUUCUUCUGUGGAUGCUGAUGAAAAAGAAUUAAAGAUUAAAAUGGAAAAAAAAAUAUCAAAUGGAAAUGAGAACAAAUCAAAAGAGUCAAAUGGUUUAGCUGAUCUUAAAAACGAAAUUGAGUUUAAAAAUAAAAAUGAAUUUGAAGAUAAUUCAGUAGCAAUGAAAAAUGAAAAUGGAAAUGAAGACAAAAAAAAUAAUGAAGAUGACAACCAUCUUGAGUCCAAAGAUAGUCAAAAUAAUUCUGAAGAUGGUAAAGAAGAACUAGAAUUAUCUGAAAUGAUUGUUUGUGACGAAGUAGCUGGUGAUAGUGAUGAAGAUGAUAAUAAAAUAGAAGUUGAAACAACAAUUGCUAAUGAUAAAGAUAAGUAUGAAAGAGAUUCUAAAAAAAUAAAAAAAGAUUCAAAAGAAAAAGAAAGCAACAAGAAAAAAUAUGAUAAGAAAUCAGAUUCUAAAUCUAAAGAUCGAUCAAGAAAAGAAGAUUCUAAAAGAGUUGACAAAAAACGUUCAAGAACACCAAGUAAAGAUAGGUCAAGCAAAGAUAGUUCAUUGAAGAAAAGAUCAAAAAUUAGUGAUAAAGAAAAAGAAUCCAAAAAACUUAGAGAACUUGAUAAGUUUUGGCAAACUGUGCGUGAUGAUCCAUCUGACUUUAUUGGUUGGACCUACUUAUUACAAUAUGUUGAUGGAGCGAAAAAUAUUGAAGCAGCACGUGAAGCUUAUGAUGCCUUUUUAGAUUUAUAUCCAUAUUGUUAUGGUUACUGGAGAAAAUAUGCAGACUACGAAAGAAAAAAUGGAACUAGAGAAAACUGUGAAAAAAUAUUUCUCAUCAGGUUGCUGCUGGAUAAAGCACAAAACACUGCACGCUCCACCGUGGCCCAAAAAAGCACGAAUUUCACUAAAAAGUGUGAAAAUAUUUUUUUAAAUAUCAUUAAUUUGUAUACUGUAUUUGUUAAUUAAAUAAUAUGGUGUGGUUUUAAA